AUGUUUUCCCAUGAAUCAUCCGACUCUGAUUCAGAGUAUGAAGAAGAUAUUGAAUUUUUGGUGCUGGCAACUCUUAUAAAAAAGAAAGAAAUAAAGAGAAGAAGAUAUUGGGUUCAUCCAGUGAAUAAUAAAAGAGAGUCUAAAGGCGAGUUUCACUGUCUCGUUAAAGAGAUUGAGAACGAUGCUCAAAGAUUUCAUCAGUAUUUUAGAAUGUCCAAGGCACAGUUCGAGGAAGUUCAUUCAUUGAUUGAAGGGGACAUAAAAAAAAUACAUACGAAGUUUCGUAAACCUAUAGGGACAAAAGAAAGACUUGCUGUGUGUUUAAGAUUUAUGGCAACUGGAAAUUCUUUUCGAUCAUUGGGGUUCAAUUACUGUAUGGGGUUUGCUACAGUAAAGAUCAUAGUAGAACAAGUAUGUAACGCAAUUUGGAAGAAUUUGGCCCCUACUGUAAUGCCCCAGCCUACAGAACAAAUGUGGAGAGAGAUUGCGAAAGGAUUCGAAAAUGUAUGGCAUUUUCCGAAUUGUAUUGGAGCAUUGGAUGGAAAACAUAUUUCUAUAAUAUGUCCAAUAAAUGCAGGAUCCACUUUUUAUAAUUAUAAAAAUGAGCAUUCUAUUGUACUGCUUGCACUUGUUGAUGCGCAUUAUAGAUUUAUUAUGGUAGAUGUAGGAGCGUAUGGCCGAAAUAGUGAUGCUGGCAUUUACCAGGACUCGUUAAUGGGAAAAAUGUUUGAAAGCAGUCAAUUAAAUGUGCCACCGAAUAAACCUAUAAACCAAAAUACAGAACCUUUACCCUACACUAUUGUGGCAGACGCGGCAUUCCCACUGAAAACGUAUUUAUUAAAACCGUAUAGUAAAGCUAAAUUAGUUAACAAUAACCCAAAUAAAAUAUUUAAUUAUCGCUUAUCACGUGCUCGCCGUACUGUAGAAAAUGCAUUUGGAAUAUUACGAGCUAGAUUUAGAGUGUUUCAGGGACCUUUACAAGUACAACCAAACAUGGCGGACAAGAUCGUACUUGCUGCCUGCUGCCUUCAUAACUUUUUGACCCAAGACACACAGGAAACACAAGAAACUUUGAUGGAUGAAAGCGAGGUGAGCGACAGUAAUGGCUUAGUAGACAUCGAACCGUUAAAUAGAAAUCUAUCUCAAGAAACUAUUCAAGUUCGUGAAGCAUAUAAAACAUAUUUUGUAAGUCCCCAGGGACAAGUUCCAUGGCAAAUGCAAGCUAUUACACAAGGUAGAACACGGUUUAAUUAA